AUGGCCAUAAUCGCUCUUCCUCUCAGUCCCGCGACUAGGAACACCAUCUUGACACCCAUCACUGUGCUACAACAGCAAGUCCCCUUAGUUGGAACCACCAUGCAACCUGUUGGACCAGCAGCUGGGACCACCACAUCGGCCUUUGCUGUCGUCGUACCAUCUCAAGGCCGGUGGUUGGAUUUAGCCAAUUUUAUAGCGCCGCCACCGAGCAUGGUGGAACCUCCCAUCAAGGUGGGCUCACUAUCACCACUGACUUUGGCCCAAUGUUGGAGCAACUUGAGUCAUUCCCUUCAUUGCCUCCACGCUCGACGCAUGCUCUCGCCUCAGGACUGGUUCCACACCCUACCAUUCGGGUCGAUCAUCAGCUUCAAGGAGCUUGCUUACGUCUUCACCAAAGAAUACACUUCUUACCGAACGAUUAAGAAGAACCCUGACCACCUGUACAACUUGCGCAAGAAGCCCGAUGAAUCCCUUCAAGAUUACAUCAAGAUAUUCAAAGCAGAAAAGGCCAACAUUGUAAGGUGCGAUGAUCAAAUCGCAUCCUCUGUUUUCAAGAAAAGUCUUUCAGCUGAACACGACUUAUACCGCGAACUGACUAGCACUCCUUGCCAUACUCUGGUAGAGGUGUUUGCAACUGCAGAACGCUACGCGCUUUUGGAUGACGAUCAAAUUGCCGUAAAGAAGUUUAUCAAAUAG